AUGGGGAACGUAACAGCUGGAGGCGUUAACGACGGAGAAGACGAUGAAAACGAGUACUAUGAGGUAUUAUUUUAUGUUUCUUCGGCUAUAUGUUGAUGCAACCAGCUAUGGGAUACAGGUCACAUCUGACCUCGACGAAAUGCACCGACUUAAAAAGUCCUACCGAAAAAUUGAUUAUGACAUCCUUAGAAUUGAUAGGACUAAUUUGAUUUAACAUUUUAUAGCCAGCAGAUUAAGCGACAAGUGCAGCAGUUCUUGAACUCAUUGUGCCUCAAUUGAUACAAACACAAUUAAUUAGCCUUAAAAGAACCUACAUUUACAUAACUCAUUGCACGUAGUGACUACCUUUCUCGAGUGAACGGAAGCUGUUCCCAACAGCUGGGUGUAGGGACUACAGUAGCGAAUAUUUCCAGAAGUUUAGCAACCCUGGAUACCACUAGCUUUUCAGAACGCUUCAACCCCAAGUUAUUGAUCCGAGAUUAUUGUGAUGAUCCAUUGGUUCCUUACGUUAUCUUCAGUUUCUCUGAGUCAGGCUUGAAGUAAAUAGUGUCAACAUAAUGCAUGCUGUCAGUCUAUUAAGUCUCUGAUAAUCUUUGUAAACUAGCAGUUUUCUAAUGUAUCGUAUUAAAGUUGGAUCUUUUUACAUCAAUGGAUAGAGAAACCUUGAAAUGCCUAAGAAGAUCACAAGGCUUUCACUAGCUAAUCAACACUGUAGACUCCUUGUCACUGAAACCUUCCAUUACUAGAGCCUCAAGCCUUAUUUUUCUUCAGGCCUCAUUAGCUCAAAUUCUUGAUGAGGUUUACCUCCAAAGUGACUUUGGUACAUACUGGAGUAGUCAGAAGUCAACUGUCUUUCAUUAUUUAUUUAUCUGACAUAAAAUUGAAAGUCAUCCUUUAAGUGCUCAUUGUUUUGUCAGAUAAUUUACAAUUUCUAUUUCUGUAGGAUGGAACAGAGACAAGUCCAUCUUCAGGUAAUUGUGUUUUUUCUUUGUAUAGCAAACUCUAUUACUUUCUCUUUGAAAUUUGAAUGUCAUGCAACCAUUUGAUGGGGUUAUGUCACUAUUAAGGAAGUUGUCACACUUCCAUUUUAUUAAGUGCAUCUUUAGUUUUCACUUUCUAAUAGUAAUUUAUGCACUUAUUGAGGAUAAUUAUUUCUUGGGACUUUAGGGGAGAUCACUGAUGGAGCUUUAGACCUUUCUGUGUUAUUUGAUCAUGGUUUACUGCGUGAAGCUGCCUCAAAGAUCAAGUAAGACAUUAAUUUAGUUUUUUUUAUGUUUGAUAUAUUUUUUAAUUGUUCCUCAGUAAAUAUACUUUAUUUUCUUUCACUGCACUGCAAAAGUGAAGCAGCAUAGCUUCACAUUACAAACUCUGUGUAUUCAGUUAUUGUUUCUUUUAUAGCAUUUCCAAAAUGUAUGUAAUUUUUUAAGUUGUUACUGAUGUGAGAUCAUGCUCCAACAAAACAGUUCAAAAAGAAUAUAUCUGCAAUUGUUUUUUCUUUUUCACUUUUUCCCUUUUUAUUUUUUUUUGGAAGGGAGGGAUAUUCUCUAUGAAUUUUAUCUUUCUAGUUUUGGUUUGACAUAGCUUAAAUAAACACUAGUGAGAAAUUCCUGUGACGCUUGGUUGUUUUAAAAUGAAUUGAUUGUUACCAGUUAUGUCCUCCAUGCUAUAUAGAUUUCAUGCUAUUUGUUAUAACUGUACCCUAUGCAGUAUGCAGCUUUAUCUUUUAGGGUACUUGAGUAAUAAUUUAGGUUUAAUUAAAAAAAUAAAUUUUAUUAACACUGUACUUGUGUUGUUUGUUUAGAGAGGAACCAAAUGAAUCCUUUAUGCAGCAACAUUCAAGCAGUAUUAUACGGUGGCUGGAAGAAAGAAAUUCCAGACAUGAGGUUUGCUCAGUGCACUCUUUUAAGUAAAUAGUGUGAUAUAUUGAGGUUGAGCAAUGAUGACUUAGUCCUCACUCAGGCAAUUAAGGGUGAAAGUUAGGUAAAACUUGUGGAACUCAUUUAGCAGAGCUCUAUAGUUCAAAAGGAAAGUGUAACCAGUUAAGUGCCUGAAGUGAGCAUGGACAGUUCAUAAGGGGAAAAGUUGCAAAGAAUUGUAUAUUUUCUGUUGAAAUAAUUUUCUGGUUUAUUACUUUGUUUUCACUUGUAAAGGAAUAUGUCAGUCUAUCACAAUUCACUGACAUGCUGACAGGAAGAGGAGCCAGUAAGGAGGAGUGCAUAGAGGUUAGGUUCUGAGAAAUACAAUAAUGUAACAUACACAUGUGUUUUAAGAUAAAUAAUCCAUGGAUCAGUGUGCCUCUGAUUUCCUUUUUAAAUUUGAUAUCUUUUAUUAUGUACAGUAGGUAACUAACUCAACAACAUGGAAUCCAUUUGGUUUGGUAAAUUCCUGUGAGAAAAAAUUAAACAGUCAUGGUAUCAACUACAGGGCCUGUCUAGAUUACUGAGAAUCUUAAAGGACAUUGAAUUCUGCAAAAUAUUUCUCUGGGCCUGAAUAGUCAUGGAAUUUUGGUUUGGGUCAUGGAAAGUCAUAGAAGAUGACCAAAAAUGAUUGUGUAUUGUCUAAGUAUAGAAUGCUGUAAAGUACUGGUGCCAGGGCUUGAGUUUAGCCGUUUCACUCUCUGCUUACCAAUUAGGCCCAAAAAAUGGCUUGGUGAAGUCAAACAUAAAUUGCAUUUCAGUUAAACUUUGAACUAAUGAACAGUUAAUAAUGAGUUUCAUCAUAAAAUUGAUAUUUUUGUUCCGUAUUUCAAAUUUAUUUGUAGUUAUUCAGUCAGUUUGAUGCUGAUGGAGAAGGCUUUGCAGAUGUAGAAACAUUUUUAGAGGUUUGUUUCUAACUGAAUAAUAAUUACUAGGAAGCAAUAAGGUAUUAAUUGAGGAAAUUACAUAAAAUGUAUUAUGUGUGUCAAAACCUCAUACACAUUGUUCAAUCUCUUAGCAGGCAAGCUUUUAUUAGUUUAAUCAGUCAUGUAUAUAAUCACAGAUUUUUCUCAAAGUGGUCUGAUUUAGCCAAACUCAAUCAACAGUUGUAACAUUUUAGUUAAAUUUUUAUCACAGACUCUUCAAACCCUUGGAGGUGGCCUCAGUGCCAAAGGAGAUUUAAGGACUUCCAUCAAGACACUGCAAAACUGCUGUCUAACACCAGGUACAGAAGUGAAAAUUUUCCCCUUUGCCUAGGGGACCAACUCUCCCUCUUUGUUUAUUGGAAAGAAAGAUUGUUGGGAAAUGAAUUUUGAGUUCCACUGGGAUUCCAGGAAUAGCUUAGAUCAAAUAGCAAAUAAAAUAUUAACCUUUAAAAAUCCUUGUUACCAGUAAUGAUCAUUUUCUUGUAAAUUUUAAAACAAUAUGGAAGUUGGUGUACUUUACAUGUGUGUAAUCAAAUCAAUAUUGAAAAAGAUGAGCUGUUUCCCAGCUUUAACUUAGUACAUGUCCUCUGUAUGUAGGAUUUUUGGAUGCUUUUGCUGACAAUAAGGAGGCUGUUAUGAAUCACGGUCAAAAACUCCUGAAGGUAAAACUUUCAAUACUUUAAAUUCCAGUUGUGUUAUUUCUUUUCUCACCUGUUGGAGUAGCCUAUUCUAGCUCUUGACUUUGAUGGUCAGGUUUUCAAAACUUCAGUCCCUAAUUGUCACAACCCAGCCACUCAGGGUUCCAAACCGAUUUUUUGUAUUUAGUAAAUUACUUUGUUGAGAAUGGUUACUGAAAAAUCAGUUUACUUCAAUGUAUUGUAUUGACUUGACAUUUUUGGAUGUUCUAGUUCUUGCUGCGAAACAGAGCAAGUAGUACAUCUCUUCCUUUACCAGCCUUGGAUGGAUUCUGUAAUACAUCUGAGAUGAGACUGAAAGUUUUACAAGCACACAUAGAGGCACUAAAGGAAAAAGGUACAACAUUUAAUGUCCAUUCCUACAAACAUAUAUUACCAGUACAUUUUCAUUGAUUUUAUUGCAUAAAGAUGUUUGGAAUGCUGAUUUCUCAACUGCAGCUGCUCUAUUUCUGCAUACAAUUCAGUUAAGUCUAAUGUUUUAGUGUCAUUUGCAAUAAAAUGAUUUUUAUCUUAUCUUGUCAGCUGAAGUAAAGAAACAGGUUCCCUCAGUUGAAGAAGGUGAAGUGCUCAGGCCUUUAAUGAAGUGUUACAUGACUCUUGAAGUUUCCAGUAACAAGGGAGAUAUAUCCAGGUAGCACAGGCUUUCAGAUAGGAAAAGCACUCUUUCUUCAGGUUCUUAUCCAAUUUUGUUGGUGAAAAGAAACAAACAAAAAGUAUAGUUGCAUUCUAUAUUCUGUCUUGUGAAUGUUUCAGGUUAACUAAUGGGGAUGCAAGUUCAUACUGGCAGUCAGAUGGACCUGCAAGGUCUCACUGGAUCAGGUAAUGUUCAUCCUACUAAACAGGAAAAACUAUCAUUUUUAUUACUGCUGCAUUAAUGCUACUUAUACUAUUUCCAAUUUUAAAUCCUUGUUAUUUGAGGGUUAGUGAUGAUGCAAUGAUGAAAUCACAGGUUUGAUGAUCAACCCCUGAUGUCAAAUGUGGGUUGAGUUUGUUGCUUGAACUCCUGUCAAUUAGCCAGGGUUUUAUCUAGGGUCUGUUAUCUUCCUCAGUCCAUAAAACCCAAUACACAAAAUUCGAAUGUGACCUGGAAUCAACACAGAAAUAGCCAACUCAUGAAAGUUCCACUGCAGAAUUCCAAUAUGUUGCUAUUUCUCUUCAUGUUUUUUUUGUUAUAUUGCCUGUUCUGUAAUGUGGUUCAGUCUGUUGUUUCAUAUUAUUAAAUAUGUGUAGGUGUUAAGAUUUAACAAGGGCAUCCAAGAAUUUCUUGACUUUUGUGGUGUUCUCCUGUUGUAUGUUUCAGGUUGCGAAUGCGGCCAAAUGUUGUUCUCAAACAGCUGUCAAUAAAUGUAGGUUCUUCUGAUCAGAGUUACAUGCCACAACAUGUUGUUGUCACAGCAGGACGAGAUGAACAGAAUUUGAGAGAAAUUAGUGACUGCAGAAUUCCAAGGUAUUACAAAUGAAAGUGUCAUCUGUCCUCAAUUAUAUCUUCUUUUUAUAACACAAGUUAAAGAGCAUUCUCAGUACUGUGAAUAAAAACAUCUGAUUCCAAAUUUUGAAAUCAAGGAAGGGAAAACUUUUGAUAAUUAUUAGAUAUAACAAAACUCAAUUCUAAACUGAGAGUUUUAUACUGAUCAUUCUCACUUGAACCAGUAUGGUAUGUAACAAUUACUGUCAAACCAGAUGUUGGGGGUUUUUAUUAAUUAGAAUACAUUUGGUCUAAGGAAACAUUUAAAUGCUAGCCAAAGGGGAUCUAGCGUACUUUUUAAAAUGUUUCAUCUAGUUACACUACUCACAGUUAUAUUAGUAAUGUUAGAAUAUUUGACAAUCACUGAGAAGCAAACAAACACUACAUGUAUUUCAGAAAUUAUGAUAAAUGAACUUUGAAAUUUUCUAUUAAUUUUAGCCAAGUCAAUGGGGAUUUUGUUUUAGUAGAAAAUGUAAAAAUUCCAUAUCCAGGUGAGUAAUAAUGAACAUUUGUAUAAACACAUUUACUAGAUAAUGAAGUAACAUACUCUUCAUAAGUUGAUUGUUUCAUAAAAAGGAAUUUAGCUGUUCCUUACUUACCUAAGAACCUCCAUACACUUUAUUGAAACAAGAGUUGUUGUUUUUUGUGCACAUUUCUAGUGAUACAGAUCAAUAUUAGAAGAUGUCACAGUGAUGGUUGUGAUACAAGAAUUCGUGGAAUCAAAGCUGUUGGAUACAGGUGACACCUUUUUUUCAACACUAGGAAAGGGAGUUUGACUAAUUUUUUCUUCAGAAAAUCAUUCCACCUUUUCAUUCACUCAGCCAGUGCAAAUUAAUAAACAUGAUUUUGUUAGCUUUUGUUAACCCAUCUCAAUGGUUUGGGCCAUCAUACACAUGUAAGGAAAAGCAUGUGGUUCACUUAUUGUCAUAUUUUCUUGAAAUUUCCAAUAAUACCUGAAAAGUGUUUCUUAAUUGAGGGCAUCUUGCAUUAUUAAGGAUUAAAAUAAAUCAUUUCUAUAAAGAAAUUUACAAGCUCUCAUUUGCAUCUCUCCAGCAGUGAAAUGUUAUUUAAAUAAAUAUCUUGGCUUACAACUGUAACAGUUUGCUUCAAGUGUCUCUGAUGAAUUGUAUUUCAGAGUCUUAAAAAGUAAAGGUAUGAGUGUUGGUGAUGCAUCGGCAGUGUGGUUCCUCUCAGUUCUUGGAGCUACUGCCACUGCAGCCCUUCCAAUGGCUCCUCACCUUAGGGAUCUUAUCUUGUCUCACACAAAGUAAGUGCUGGUAGUAUUGGUAUGCACUCGUUUAGGGCACUGCUGGCUCAAAUGCACUCACAGAAUACAUUGAUUUGAUUUACUGCAGGUCAGCAUUGAGCCAUAUGAAGCCAAUGUCACUAUCGUUAACAUCACCAGACAGACCAGUUGCCCUCUCUCAAAAUGUUCUUGAGGAGAUUGAAAAUUUCCUUCAUUCUAUUGUGAGGUGAGGUGUACAUGUAUUUUGUUAGUUUUUUCUUUUUUAGAUAUAGAAAUUGGUCUGAUGGUCAAAGUAUGUCUUUGUUACUCAUUCUUCGUGUUCAUGUACUAGUAGUUUAUUCACUUCUGUGGCGGUUGUGUGACAUGCUAGUUUUUAUCUCUUAUCCUACUCUUUUUGUGGUGUCCAUUGCAAAGUAUUUCCACUGUCUCUAUCUAAUUAUUUCUUUAACUUGUGUUUUCCAGACAUGUUCUCUUUGUUAAUUUAAAUAACAAUUAAUCUGUGUUAUUUUAAAAUUUCUUUCAGGUUUGAGGGAGCAAUUCAACCAGAGAGUUUAAAAAUUUUAUUGGAAUUUUCUUUAGCACGUGGAAAUUUAAAAAGUAUUUUUAAAGUUCUUAAAUUAUUAUAUGGUGAGUAAUACAGGAAAUAAAUUUUGUUUUCUUUCUUGCUACAAUGAUGAUCAUAUCAGUGACCUUAGCUGUAUUUGUUAUUUCAUGCACUGAAAAUAAAAAGUUGUAAUUACUUAUCAUACUCAAUCCAAAAGUGAUGAAGUAUAAUUGUUCAUUCAAAUAAUGUAUUUAGGUUUCAUUGAUAAAAUGUCACCUAGCACUGCAGAAUAAUCCAUCUUCAAUGUAGACAACAGAUUGAUAUUUUGCCUUUACAUCCUCAUAGAAAUUGGUUAUGAAGAUUUUCCUGCGGCAGAAAUUGUGAAAUCCUUGGAAGAUGUUCAACUUAAAGCUACAAAGCAACAUGGUGAGACUUCUAUCUGACUUUAUUGGAUUUGGAAAUAAGCCAGUGAUUAAUUUUUUGGUGAGAAUACUGUUCCUAAAACUGGCACUUGGUGUAAACCAUAACUCAAAGACACCUUACAUACAGUGUGCAAGUUUGUAGUGUUACAAAUAGGCAUUUAAGCAAGAAAAUGUUUGUCUUUUUGUAAAUGUAGAUUUUACUAGUUGUAAAUUGUCUUACUGCUUGUAACUGUUUACUUCCCUUAGGUGCAAUUUUAAAGAUGUCCUUGUCAUCUUGUGAUGGGGGUCACAAAGACAACCUCUCAAAACCAGAAAAUGUUUUAACAGACAACUGGUCAUCUGAAGGUAAUUCAUCUUCUCUCUGUUCUCCAAGCUCAAUUGUUCUUAUCUAGAUAUUUUAUUUAAAAGGUUUAAUAACAGAGUAAGCAAUUUAUUUCAGCACAUAUAUAGCAGCAUUUGUUCUCUAUGGUGAAUAUGCUUCCAAUAUGUAAAACCUGUUUUUCUUUUUUCAAGCUUUCUUAUCAGAUUCUGGAAAGACAUGGAGGAUGAGUUUGUCAAUGAUGUUUUCAAUGUCACAAACUUCAACUUCACAAAACAAACAAUGACCAACAAUGAUUUACAAAUUAACAAGAUUAAUCAUCAAGAAUCUUGUAAGCACCCGUAAAUUUUUUUGGCGAAAAUACUCGGCUAUAAUCCGAACCCCCUACCUUGGCGACAAUUUACCUGUUCUCAGUUUAAUUUGUUGGAAAAACAGUGUAUAAUAUUUGUCAAUAUGUAAAAUUUUUCAAAAACUUAGAGACAACACUCAUCAGUUCGCGUAAAUAAUAACAAGAUUAAUCAUUUGAUGCCAGUGUAUAAUAUUUUAAAUUUAAUGCUUUGAUGCCUUGCUUUGUUAAAUUUAAGGGAAGGUUUGAUUGCUUUAGCAUGCAAUGAAUAUGUUUCAUUAUAUAGGUGUCCAAAGGAGCAAUUGGACCUUCACAUGGCUUGGUUUUUGUGCUGGAUGACUUUAAAAGGUACAUAAUGAAAAGAGGUUUUUGCAAGCUUUCUAUGCCUAACUAGGUUUAACUGAAAUGAAACCUGCAAAUCAAUCACUAAAAAAGGCAACAUUUAAAAUAGUUGACAAGGGAAGUCACUUUGGAAUUAUGCCUUCCAGAGACUCCAACUGCAUUACAAUAUCCUUUAGGCAAUCUUAAGGCACUGGGCUCAAGAAUGAUUAACCAUUGAUCUUUCUACACCUCAAUUGGUUUUAUUUGUGAAAAAGUUACUUCACUUUUUGUCCAUCUGUAUUAUGUGAUAUGGAGAGUGUCAUGAUUGGUGAUAACUGAGACUUUUUAUAACAAUAUUACUCCAAUUAAAAUGAAUGAGUAAAAGAAGAAUUAUUGACAAAUAAAAGCUGGUAAUGGUUUAACAGUAAUUUAAUGGAGUCAUCAUUUGUCAGGGUGAUGGGGGGUCAAUGGUGACUGAAAGAUAGCCUUUACCAAAGUAGUGAUGUUAUUUCUUUUGCUUCAGAAAUGAAAAAGAGAAAGAACAAGAAGAAGGAGGAGGACAUGAAACAGAUUUAUUGAGCAAAUACAAUGACUGGACCAAAGCUAAAUACUCUGAAUAUGUUGCAAGGUCUGUUUAGAUCUUAAAGUUGUUCAGUUACAGAGGUUCACCAGUAUCUAACUUCAUGUGUUCAGGGUAUCAACUUUUUUAUGAAAUGUUUUGUUCAUGACAACAUAGAAACAACAUUAAUUAAAAAUGCAACUGUUGUUGCUUCAUUUAUAGUUGUAAGGGCAAAUCAGAGUUUGGUAAUGAUGAUCCAGUUGGUUUUUUCACCACAGAAGAGGACUGGUAUGUUUAAUUUUAUGAUUUUCUACAAGUACUUGUGAGUUGACAGAACAAAGAAAAUCAUUUAGUGUACAGGCUAGCUAAACAUGCUUAUAGUGUGUAUCUCUCUACCCUUUUAAAAGACUUUGUCUCAGAUGUAGAUUUUUUUUCCUUUUAAGACUUUCUUGUGUUCUGUGGUAAUAUCUUUUCUCUGCAUCAUUUUGAAUGCCAUGUUUCAUGUGGGAUCAUUGAAUUACAUAAUGAAAGAAAACUGUAGAUACAGUGAUCUAUUUCCUUUGACUUUUCAGGGAUGAGGUGGAAGUUCACGUUGAUAGAAUUGUGACUGGGAAGGUAUUGUCUGUUGAUCAUGAGCUUUUGGUUUUUACUCUGGAUGAUUUUAAUCACCAUCUCAGCAUCAAGACUGAGACAGUUUCACAGAUAAAUUUCUUUUAACCUUUCAAUAAACGGCAAUAAAUGGUGAUUGAAAGUACUUUUGAAGGCUUUUAUUUAUUUUUAUUAUUGUUGUUUACUGCAGUAUGUUGUAGUCAAGUUUUUAGGAGCAAGAAAAGAAAGUGCUGAGAGGAUAGGAGUGUUGGGAGUCAACUUCUUUGGUUAUGAAGUCAAACCCGACUGUCCACUGAGUGAUGAGUUGAACUUGGUAAUGUGAAUAUCUCUUUUGAAUUUAUUAUUAAUGUUUGAUAACAAAAUUUCAGGCAAGAAUAACAGGUCUCCCAGUUAAUGAGUAACUUCACUGGUAAGAGUAUCACAGUUAGGUUUGAUUUCUCUAAUUUAUCUUCUUCUUAAAGAGAAAUUCUUUUUAACAUUUUUUCCAGAAUGAAGUUGCCCCUUUACCUUCAAGCAACAUAGUGGAAGGUUCAACUUUGUUCAUUAGAAUCUUGUUAUUUCUUGAUGAAAUGGCAAAGGACCAGGUAGAAAGCAGAAGAUUACAAACCUUAUUAUUUUUCAAAUUGCUUCUUGUGUUUCCUGACAGAUGAUUUUAUGCAAUAUAGUCAUUAUUAAAAAUUAAAGUUUAAUUAAUUUGGUAUAGUUUCAGUUACAUCUUAUAUUCUACAGAUUCACCUUAAAUCAAGACCGAAAAAUCCCCCUCUGUAUAAAGAAAAGGUAUGUGCAAUGUGACAGCAGUGACCAAACAGAAAAUUAGUUUGGAUAUAUUUAUAAAUGAGUAGUGAUAUGUUCCAUAGAAGUAGGUCAUUGCAGUUACACGUAGAGCUAAAUGAGCUAAUAAAAUUGUGCCUGAUAAAAUUCAGAUUCAAACAGGCUUAGACCUAGAUUUUCAGUGUAACAUGAGUUUGUUUUGUGUGUAAUAUUUCAGGAGGGUCAGCUAGAGAUGAGCAGUGUGAGUCUUGAACUGGUCUGGGAUGUUUACACACUUGUAACACGCAGGUAAAGUACAUUGUUAACAAUGUGCCAUUAGAACAGUUGCCAUAAAAACGCAUGUGUAUUUCAAGAAACAUUACAUAUUGUGUCUCUUCACAGGGGAGUAAAGCACAAGAAAAUCAUAGCAUCUUGCCUGCUGCUUCUUCGAUUGUUUUACCAAAGCCUCCCUUGCUUAAAGUCCAACCUUAGAGAACUGGCAGCUGACUCUUCUGAUAAGACAGCAUUUGAAAAGGUGAUAGCCGCGUCAGUAGUUCAUUCCCUUGCAUGUGUGUGGUAAUAAUGAAUAUUGUUUUUGUUUUCUCAGCAACAAGAACUGUCCUCCAAAGUAUUUGCGCACUUAUGUGACGUUGUGGAUGAUAACGAAGGGUACUACGAUGAAAAGAUUCAUCAGAUUUCAAAACUGAUUAUCUUAGAAGGUAACUCUACGGCUAACUUCCCACAACGCAACACUACCAGUGUAGACAUCAUAUCUGUACGUUAUUCUAUUUCUAAACUGGUCUUUAUAAACGGACUUAUGUAUGAUUUCUAACUAGUAUUUCCCUCAGUUACGAAAAAUUGUCUAAGUUAAGUCCUAGAGCAUUCUAUAGAACAGUCUAGAACCCGCAGUCAUCCAGCUGUGACCUUCUUGUAUAAGAACAUUCUGGAACGUUCUAUCUCUUAUGUAAUUACUCAGAUUUAGAAACCGUGUCAAUCUACUAAAUUUAGUUCUUUAGAGAAGUUUCUAGAUCCUUGGACUUUAUGUAUAUAAUAGCGAUAGUUUCAUAACGAAAAAAAAUCAGAGAAGUGUGAAGAAGCUUAGUGCUGUAAAGUCGAGAAGCCAACUGCGUGGAAAUAAAUCAGUUUGUUGCUGUUAUCGACGAUCCUGAGUUGUGUCUAGGAACAACCCUGCUCUACAUUGACACUCGUAACACUCUCAGUUUGAAAUCAUGUUGAUAGAAAUAUCACUUUAUCUGUCCUUGAAACAGGAGCAGAGAUUUUCUUCCCAGACUCGAAAACAAGGCGGAGUCACUUGUUGUCCAUGGUGGAUCAAGUGAUGGAAGAAAAGAAGGCGGCAUCUUUGGGACUCACAUUUGAGUCACUCUGUAGAUUCUUCAGUAAUAAAGAUGCCAGUGGUCUUCUUGGACUUCCCGAUAUUGUGACAGAGGUAGUCGAAUUAGGUUUCAACGAGCUGGUAGUAUUGGGUUAUGAUUAGACCAAGUAAUAUCAAUCAGUAACAUGAGUUGAUAACAAAUCUCUAAGUUAAGAAAUUAGGAGAAACUCUUUUAAUGAAAAACCCCUUGGUUUUUUCAACGUUUUUCAAAAAGGAGGAAAAAGGAAAAGUUAACUCAAAAUGAAAACACGAUUGUGGGUGAUAACGUGAUCAGUUGAUAUAAGGGGAACCAAUCAUCUAAAAUUGAAAGAACUUCAGAUCUGCAGUAUUAUACUAAAUGAACCGUCCACCUAGAAGGACCAUCUUCAAUUAGAUUGACACACCCAGCAGCAAGUUCGUUAACAUUUGGUUGUCCCGCAUAUGCAUGUAGUCGGUUAAAAUGUUACAAAAAACAGUUUGUUCUGUCAUAUCUAGAGAGGAUUUGACUGUGGACAAGUUCUUGCCGUCAUGACAACGUUGUUGUCUGUGGCUUAUCAAGAGGUGUGUUAAGAUCUUAGCUGUGCAAUUUCAUUUGUAUUUCUGUCGACUUGUUCCACUUACUUGCACUUUUCAAAAUCUGUUUUCGUAGCAAACCUUUUCUCUUAAAUUUUGCAUUCAGAGCCUGAACUGCGUGACAGCAGCAGAUGAUGGAAACCAAAGCGAAUCGACAUCCAACCUUGUUCAGUUGUUGUGUGCAAUGCAAAGGAGUCUGUUAACAUGGUGCAGUACACAAAUGAAAUCUGGGAGUUCCUUUGGCCAAAAUGUCGCCACUGAUCUUAUAAUAGAGUGUAAGUUUUACAUGUCAAGAUUAUCAAGUGCAUGUUGUAGUGAAUACUGCACACGUUUAUUAAACGAUGUACAAUUUGGUAAGAUAAUUUGGUUUGAUGCGUUUGUGGAAGUCUGAUCUUACAUUUUGUGUUUUGUUGUUCUAGAUGUUGGUAUUCUGGCCAACAGAGUGUUCAUGUCACUACAGGCUGUGAAUGACGCUUCAGACCAAUUGGUUGUAAUAGACAGACUUGAACAUUCGUAUGUCGCGGCAGCCAUGAGACAGCUGGUGAGUUUUGUAUGGGUUUCAUACUGUCACCGUAGUCUUGGCAUAGAGCUUCGUUUUCAUAUUACAUAAGAUUCCUUUGACUUGAUUUAAUAAUCAUUAUAUUUGUUGUAUUUGUUGUAGGUUUUGUUUCUUAAUCUAUUUACAAACGUGGAUUCCAUUUGUAUGCCAGUACUAAGACAUCUACAGCCAGUUUCUCUGGAGUUGAAGAAGUGUUCAAGCAAGUAUCCACAGCUGUUCUUCAAAGUAAGGAUUUUUUAAACAUCCCAGCUAGUUUAUGCAGGGACCGCGCAGCAAGUUUUUGAGACGGGGGGGGGGACUAUUUUUGGCUCCGUUAUUUUUGUUAAUUUAUUUUUAUUUUUGCAAAAAAGUGGGGGGGGUGAGGUUAAGCCCCCCCCACCCCCAACCCCCCACCCCCCCACCCCCAACCCCAACCCCCAACCCCCAACCCCCACCCCAACCCCCAACCCCCAACCCCCAACCCCCAACCCCCCCUCUCUGCGCGGUCCCUGUAUAAGUGUUUUAGAUUGCGAUUGUUUUGUUUAAUUCGUAAAUACUUUUUCAAUACAAACUUAAAUAAGCGCUCAAAAAAUUCGGAAAUCAAAUACUCUCAUAAUUUUGAAAGACUCGUUGUCAUAAACAAUAGAUUUAAUUCAGAUUUCUGAUACUUUGUGUUUGGUGAGUAAUCUUGAUUGCUUGAAUUUGUUUCCAUCAGAUUGAUUCUGAAGAAUGGAACAAGACAGUGGGUCAGACUGUACUCAGAACAUGGCAGAUGGAAUCUGCACAUAAUUAUGAAAAUAACCUGGAUGUUAAAAUGGUAAGGAUUUGAGCAUUUGUGUACAGCUCUUUAUUGUUGUUUUUCUUUGCUCCUUUUGUCAUUUUCACUCUUGCGUUAAACUCCUAUGUACUCAGUAUCGCCAUUUUCUUAAUUGUUUCAGGUCUUUAACUGUCCUGGCUGCUCGGAAUUUACUGUUGACUUUGAUGCGCGCUGUGAAACUGAAAGAAGGUUGGAUUUUCUUAGUGCACUCAUAGAUUUGAAUUUUGCGCACGUUUUGUUGUAAUUGCAAGAUAAAACCUACAGAUUUAAUUUUUUUAGUAAGAAGGCUCAUCAACAUAAAUGUUAGUUUUUAUGAAAUCAAUUUAAGAGUUCGACUUCGAUGUCUUGCAGAUAUGAUUACUUGGAAUUUACAGAUUCAAAUGGUAACAAGAAACGCUUUGAUCAGAAGGUUGACACUGAGAAGUGGCCAAAAGUGAGUGACAAGAUCUUUUCUGCGGUUCCUUUCUGUCUAUAUCAGUGGCAGUUAUUCGGAUAAGUCUGCCAAAUUUUUAAAUGUCCGCCCUUUUUCGCGUAUUUAAGACUUUUUUCCAUUUCUCAGCGUUUUGAUUGUUCAAAUACAGUCUCUUCAUCAGCCAACUGUUUUGUUUGUUUGUUUGUGCAGAGUUAUACAUUCAAAGCCGGAAACCGCUUGCUUUUUAAUUUCCAUUCAGAUGGCAGUAAUAACGAAUGGGGAUAUAAAUUCACGGUAAUUAAAAUGAUGUCAAAUUUCAUCCUAUUCUUUCCCUCCCAUCCCCUCUCCCCAUAGUAAUCGAUAGAAAUAUUCUGAAUUUCGUCAGGUGACUGCAAAAGGUUCACCAGAUGUGGCUCUAUCGUGGAUUUUCGACCUGCAGCUUGGAAUGGCUCGUCUGUUUGGUCAGCUGUGCAGUGCGGCCUUGGAUAGUAAGAAAGGUAGACAUGUAUAAAUGACCGAUAUUUUAAUUAGAUUCUUAAAAAGUCUUAUCCAAUCAAAUUCCUACUACCAGUCAAAAUUUCAUUUACGAGAGCUAUCAAGCGUAGUUCAUUUAUCAAGUUAAUUGUACAAAACAGGACCCGGUUCUUCAAAGCUGGGGUAAGAUAACCCAGGGUUGGGGUGAAAUCUGAUCAGUUAAAAAUUCAGCAUCAUUCUUUUUUGUACAAUUUAAAGAUUGGAUGCUCUAAAAAGAAUAGAGAAAAUUAUCUGAAAAAAGUUUUUGAACAAGCGAAUAAAGGAACCCAGAUUAAAAUUUGACCCUGAGUUGGCGCUAAUCGGCCUUUGAACAACUGGGCCCAGUAAAUUAGAAUGAACUUUGUGGGGAAAAAUACUGUUUCACUCAACUAUCAUCUUCAUUCUCGAAAUAAUAUUUCCAUUCCAAACUGUCUACAAUGUGGUCAUUUGACGGUGAAUUUAUCUCAUUUAGCCUCCCCAACUCUUUCGGAUGUUGACAAUGAAGAAGAAACUAAGUUGCUACAAAGCGAAAUUUGGACAACACUUUUCCGUGGUGGAUACAUGACAGGCAAGCUGCAAAGAUCUCUCUCUGGUCAUCAUGUGAGUCAUUUUCAGUUUAUUUAUUGCUCACUGUACUUUUACAACCCUUAAGUAUUCAUGACAUAACCACUUUCCUCUGCUUGUUUCAUAGGCAACAACAGCUUCUUCAGUAGAGAAUUCCGUCAACUCUUUUUUGCACGGAUUUGACGGUGGAGAUAAUGGAGCUAAUGGAGCUAUCGAAGAACUAAUUAAUAGGUUGGUUUGCGUUUAAAUGCCUCGACAAUGUGGUAAUGUUUCAAUGCGGUAGCUUACGUUAAUCCGUUCCUGUUUAUUGUCACGCUCUUUUUGAAGCAUGCCGUCUAACGUGUCCUUUAGGUGUCGUGAGAAGGCUCCCGGUCCAUUCAUCGGAGGUCCCCUGGUAGACCAGGCCGUCAAAUCUGCUUUUGCUGCCCUUAUUUGGCACUCGCAGGAGUUAAGGGACCAGAUAGUUCUAUUUGGUGAGUAGAACUGUCAGCACUGCAUGUUUCUCUACAAAGCAGUUUUUGUUUUCAAACUUCAGUGCUUUUAAAUUUUUCGCUCAGUUACCUAUAGGGAAUAUUUUAAAUUUUCAGCCAACAACACUCCUCCAGAAUCUGUCCCAGAAGGCGUUCAAGAAGCUUAUAUAACUGCUGAGUCUCUUAGGCGAGGAUUGGUAAGUUUCUUUUGGUAUUUCAAUUCAAUCUUUCGUCGUGGAGGAUACUGCUGUUUGUUAUUACACCUCUGUUACACCUCAGUUCUUAACCUCUUAUUGUCGUCCUGUUUUGUUGCAAGGUGGAUCGUCGCCAGCGUCUGAUUCUGCAGGCAGAAGAGGAAUCUAGUCAGGACAGCAAUUCACUUCAAAAAAUCAUUCCUGACUCACAGGGUAUGUCAGGGUUUCUACAAUGCUGUGAAUCAUUUUUGACUUUGUGUUUAUGUUUACUGAAUUCCAUCUUCUGUAUAGAGUGACAACCUUGUCUGUAUUAAUCGAUGUUUCGUGUUUUGUUUCAGUGAUUGCCUGCAAAGAAAAGGCGCAGUUUCUUCUCAAGUUUGCAGGGCUGCAGAGGAUCACUGACAAAACCUGCGAGGUACAAGAACAGAUCGCCACACAUUUCCUAGUCCAUAAGAAUAGACCUUUUCUUUAGCAAUCUCUGAUACGUUUAAAUUCAAACUCGUUCAUACAUUGUAGGUUACUGCCUGGCAAGUUUCGGCCUCUGUUUCGUUUGGAAGGAGCAAUCGACUUUGCAUGAAACUGUUCAACAUGCAAAAUAUUGAUAUUCUUUUACAACUUCAAAAUUUUCGGUGUUUCGUUUUGUGAGGUGUUGGUGUUAAUCUUGCGGUGGUUUUAUGGCACUUGCACAGGGGAGAGAAAACAGACGAUCCAAGUGGCUGAACAGAAAAUCGUCUUGGCAGAGAACAUCUGGCGAGCACAGUGGGAGCAUUUUGUCAGGACCUCGACAGGUGAGAAAUCUGCACAGUCUGCUAAAUUAUUGAAUCAGUUUACCUUACCUUUUUGGAUCCUGUUUUCCUUGCAUUUACUGAAUUUAUUUUUUGGAUACACCAUAAAAGCUUUUCCUGGCGUCGCAAAGCUUGAAACAAAAGUAUUAUUGUUUCCGCCAGAGAACCCUGUCCAUCGAAGAGAUCAAGACGAUAGACAAGCAUCCAGCAUUCAAACUUAUCCUGGACUUUGUCACAAAUGAUUCCUAUUCUCAUGAAAGGUAUGUUAAUGGGGCUUGGGUCAGCUCAGGCUGUACAGUUAUUCCUGUUUCCAUCAGCUUUUGUUGUUUACAUCUCUGGUUGCAACACGGGUGCCAAUUGGUAGAGCCGCUCUAGUGCUUUAAUUUUGAUCUUUAUUUCACCUUAAUUUUUCUGUUCUGUUGAAGAAUCCAAGCCCUACUGCAGCAGAGAGUGAAACAUGCAAACAAUGUGGCCGACAUUUAUCUCUUCGCUGCGGAGUUUCUUCGCAUUUCUUCGGAAACAGAUCUUGUCCAGGUGAUUUCUUAUGUCUCAGUAAAAAAAAAAAGACAUUUCUUUCCUCAACCCAUCCAAUAUCUAAUUCUCCCUGGAGCAUCCCUCACCCUUCAAGCCUGAGGUUUUUUAAAGUCGAACGUCAGGUCAUCUUUAUUUGAAAGCUUCAAAUUUUAUUAGUAGACCCAAAAGGCUGACUGAAAUAAGUUAUUUUGAUAGCUAUUUUAUGUGAACCUGGGCCCGAACUGGUUUGAACCUGUCACAUAGGACCACGGACACUUUACAUUACUUAAACCAAGGAUGUUAAAAUUCGUUUCAUCUUUUUUUCACUUUACAAUAGCUGUAUUAGUUUUAAAAAAUCUUUAUUGUCGAGCUUCCUGAAUUGUUUUUGUCUGUUGUUUUCUUAAUCCACUCAGGCCCCAGCCGUACUCUUCUUGCAACAAUUCUUGGCUUCUCAAAAGUUCUUUCCGAGGUAAGACUCGCCGUUUUGAUAUAAACCUUGACUGAAGUAUCUGUGCGCUAUGAAACAUUAAAUGUAUUACUUGUUGCAAGAGAAUAAAUACUGUUUGUUGUAGCAAUCACAGUUUUUUAAAAAGACACUUAAUUAACGACCGCUACAAAUUAAACUCACGAUACGGACUAAGUCGGAAUAACUUAGGAACACCAUAGUUAUUAACAUGAAAUUUAAAUAUUCCUCCUGAGCUUUGCGAAACAUUGCUCUUUCACUUUCAAACGGCCUCAUUAGUUACAUUACAACAUGACAUCUCACUUUUACAUGUUUUCAUGAACACUCUAUACAUUAGACUUGCUCAAAGCAAGUAAAUUGUGUAAAGGAGCAGCUGCGAAGAGAACUGGUGAUUAACAUUUCACCGGUGUGCAUUCUGGAUCAGUUGGGGCGAUCGUGGAGUGAAGUUUUUUUUUUUUAUUUGAUAGACAUUAUGCGGACAAUCUUGAUGGUUGUGGAUUACAUCUGGAGAAUAAAGUCCGCCGAGCGUACUAUGCGCUGGUUAGAAGAUGUCUGGAGGGAGUCAAGUCUUACCAUACACAAGCUUCAAUUCGUAGGUAUGAUCACUAAACUUUAAAAGGAAAUGAAAGACGCUAUGGUCGUGUCAGGAUGGACUGUGAAAAGAAAGGCAACGAGGAAAAGACUUCCCUGGCUUUGGUUAGAUUCAAGUCACACUAGACCUAAACCGUUUGUGUUUCAUUGUUUUUUUUUUGUGUGUGUGUGUGUGGCUUUUUUUUUUUUUUUUUUGGAAAGAGCUGCAAUGUUCAAAACGUUUCAAAGAAAUUGAUUUCGUGACGAGAUGAUAUUUUGUGUGUUGUGUCCUAUUUCAGACCGAGUUCUGCAGCAUUUGAAUGUCUCCGAGCUUUUGUUCUCCAUCUACUUGAUACUGACUGGAAGGUUUGUGAUUUUUUGGAUUUUCUUAAGAGUCCGCGAUCUUUGUACGUUUUCAUGAAGUUCUUAUGAUAUUCUUUUGUGAUUGCUUAUCAGGGUUACGAUUACACUUUUAUUCUCGAUGUUCACCUUCCGGAGUUCCUUCUGGACACUGCAAAAGGUGAUCACUUUCUACGCGCUCAAGAUUCUGCCAUUAACUUUGUGACUCGUAUAAAUAGAAGCUGAACAACGCUUUUCCCGAGGCUGAAGUAUCUCUUGAGAAACGUAAUUAAUGUUUGAAUGGAAAACUCUGAUAGAAUACGGAUAUGUUGUCUCGAUAUUAUAUUAUCUUGCAUGAGCUUUCAACGAUAUACCUGAAAUUUUUGCAAGGGCCAAUGGAACGUUGCCAAACGUUCUUGUUUAUGUAUUUGUUUAUUUAUUUUUUAAUUUCAAUUUUGCUGAGCAGAGCAUAACCUCAUUUUUAAUUGAUUUACUCUAUAGAAAAUGACGGUAAAGGUUUUUUUUAGCAAUUCAUUGUGCUGUGUGUAUAACAUUUUUUCUCAAAUCCUUGUGUAGCGACCGUAUUGGAACCUAAACAGGAUGUAAAGGAUAUGAAUGAACAGCAAGAACUGGAUCAUUAUGAAGAAGGAAAUGGCUGGCUACAGGAGGCUAAACGAGACAUAUCUUGGUUCUCUCGUCUGCAGAAUGAAGCACAGACAGACCAGGAACGACGGGUUAGUGCACUUUGAAAACCACCAAACAGAAUCCCCGUAUGACUACAUACAUUUUGCCCCUGUGACGUCCCUCUCUCUCUGCUUGUUUCGUUUUUCAAUUUUCUUACUCUUUGGCUUUCUUGGUUGGUUUAUUUCUUUUUUACUGUAGUUAGCUCUCUUAAACAUUCAUAAGAAAGUGUUUAGACCCGCAGAUUGUUAAUUAGUAGUUACCAUAAAAUUCGCUUUUUUCCCCUCAGAGAAUGCAUCUAUUUGUGGCACGUUUCUCAGAUAUUCUUGAUGUGUCAAUAACCUGUGAUGGCUGUGAUGUCACCCUGUCGGGCAGGAGAUACCGUUGCCUUAACUGCAUGGAUGUUGACUUGUGUAAUACGUGUUACCUAAGUGAGUGAAUAUCGGGCUUCAUAUAAUAGCCCUUCCUUCGUAACAUACAUAUUUAAGAUGUUCUUCAAGACGUGAACCGGUGUCUUUUAAAGCCAACAUGAUUUAUUUUAGUUCAGUUUCGCCAGGUAUGUGAUUGUGUUAUAUGCUGAAAUUCACUUGCACUGUAAUUUUUGUUGCGAUGGAAGUCGGAUUCUUAUCAACAAUUGUUUCUUCCUUCAUGUUUAUCUUUAAAUUGUACUGCGCAGGUGGAGUGAAGCCCGAAGGUCAUACAGACUCUCAUGAUGUUAUUGACAUGAGGUUAGUGAUCAUUACGUGAUCUUAUUAUCGGCACAGGAAAACCAUUUUAAAUGGAGGAAGCAUUUUACUGAACUCUUUAUUGCAAAGUUAUACUUCAUACAUCUUUACCUUCACCAUUCUGUGCAGCCUCUUGCUAUACAUAUCCCUAUUCUCAGAGCUUGGAUUAAGUUUGAUCGAAGGCGAAUUGAUACUCAAUGUUAUUUUAGUGAUAACGCGAUAUUUUUUUCUCAAGCUGCCAGCAGCAGCUAUUUAAUGACGAACCAAGGUGUGCUGAAGAGAAUCAGCGAAGACAAAAUAUUUUAACUAGAAAAUUAACAUUUUACUCUGAGGUUAAUGAAGUAUUAGUGUUAUGUGAGUAGACUCAGAUUUUGGUAAUGUUUUAUUUUUCAGAUUCAAGUGUGACGAAUGUCAGAGUUUUAUCGUCGGAACACGGUUCCACUGCAAUGAAUGUACAGACUUCGAUUUAUGUUUUGGUUGUCAUUCAUUUGGCAAGUUCCCACCGAGGUAAGCUAAUUCGUCAUUUUUUUAACAUAUUAUGUCAUCUACCAAAGUAGAGCUGAUAAUCAUGUCUACCGACUGAAAUUAUCACUAUGUUUUCUCCCAGACACUCUGCGACCCAUAAAAUGACCAAAUUUCCACUUAAGACAGGUGAGGUAGAAGUUUUAACGUUUGAAAACGUUCAAAGUCAAACAAUCUGGAUAUGUGGAUAUGUCCAGUUUUUGUCAGUAAUAAAGAAUGAUUGCUUUAACUUUUUUAAGGUUCACUUCUAGACACAAGUGCAAACGAUCCGGCGAGCCGUGUACAGCUUUACACUCAUCAUCACGCUUGGCUGCAGUUUACCGCGUUGGCUCUUACUUUGGCAAAUUUUAUUAAUGAGCCAAACAAGUCUGGUAAAUAUAUUUUUCUAUACAUCAUUCUGUAAUCAGUCGUUCUUUGAGUUUCUAAGUUUGUUACUCGCAAAGCUUAAUUUUUUAAUGAGACUCAAACAAGAUCUACAAUAAAAUGAACUGGAAUAAGGUUUUGUGAGAAUGUACCCCGUCUGAACGUCUGUUUGCAAGUACGCGAUGUUACAUAUACAAAUCCUUUCUUUCCAUCCUGGAUCCGCCAUGGCUUUUGUUAAUGGUCAAUUUGAAUUGACCGAAGAAGAUUCAUUUUGACCAAUUCAUUGACCAGCUCCCAGUUGGCUUGUUAGCUCAAUUGGUAGAGCGCUGACUCGGUAUCGCAGAGGUCAUGGGUUCAAAUCCCGUACGGGCCUGUAUUUUUUUCAGCUCCUAUUUACAACUACUCGUUUCAGUAGUGUUCUUAGCUGCGAGGAUCUCCUAAUUUCAUCUCUCCACCGCAGUGCAAAUAUGUGAAAUUUUCAUAUAUCUAAAAUCUUCAUUCAUUUGGAUGUUUAUUUGUACCCAAUUCAUUGACCAGCUCCCAGUUGGCUUGUUAGCUCAAUUGGUAGAGCGCUGACUCGGUAUCGCAGAGGUCAUGGGUUCAAAUCCCGUACGGGCCUGUAUUUUUUUUUCAGGUCCUAUUUACAACUACUCGUUUCAGUAGUGUUCUUAGCUGCGAGGAUCUCCUAAUUUCAUAAAAUUUUUGUUUUGUUAACUUGUUUGUUUGUUCAUUUAGUUUUAUUUUGUUAGUUGUGAGUUUAGAUUAUCUCCGUACCGCUGGCCAUCUUCACAUGGACUGCCUGUCUUUGGUGACUAAGUGCCUAAGCCAUGCCUGCUUUAAAGCACAGACCGGUAUGUAAAUGUUACGUUGGAAUAAAUCUCACCUUAGUUCACUUAAAUUUCUGUUUAACCCUUUAACUUACAAGAUCUCAUUAGUAAUUCUCCUUACUGUCUACCAUAUAGUUCUUGUGAUGUUAGUAUUGCGAAUUUGGAAUUGGAUCAUUGAUAUUUUCCCUUAUUCUCAUUACCUGUUUGCUUGACAUUGUACUGAUAGUGAAAGGAGAAAUUCUGUCCAGGUCACUAGUGGGACUUAAAGGGUUAAACACCCGCAUAGUAAAAACAAAAGGAAAGGAUUGUCUCGACAAUUAGUUUCAAGUAGCCCCACUCAAACUUACCUACAAGUAACGUCUGUAGUAAGAUUUUUUGUGACAUCAACCUCUUGGGUUGUAUUAAAACCUUAAUGCCAAAAGAUCCUGACUUGUAUCUCUGUGUCCACCAGUGUUUUUUGGUUUUUUUUUGUUUUUUUUUCUUUUUUCGCGUAGUGUGGCAUUUAUUAUGUUUUCAUCUUGUAGGUGAGGAUGGCACUGAAUGUGGGGCAUCCUCUGGGAAGGAAGUUGUUUCUGUUUCUGCUCAUGAAUCAAUUCCAGAAGGAGAGAGUACACAUGACGUUGAAGGAGCGGCGACCAUAAAUACGGCUGCUGUAGCUACCGCUGUCGCUGCUACUGCAUCUGCUGAUGUUAUGGCGAUAGAUAAGGAUGCAUGUCGAUCAUCAGGAGAUGAACCUCACCAAACUGAAGCCAAAGAUCAUAAGGAUACGGCUGCUGUAAUGGAAGAAAAGGUACUUACGGAAGGAAUUUCUGAAGUGGACACAAACACAGCAGGUAGUGAUGGGACAAAUGAAGGUGUGGUGAUUAACGAAGGGCCUUCAUCUGAGAGUAAAGUGGAAGGAUCUGCUACACGGCAAGACAUAAUAACACAAACCAUUGAAGAUGUUGAAACAUUGUUUGCCAGCAAAACGCACGAAAGACUAUUAGGACUUCUUGGGGCUGUUCUUCCGCAGGAUUCAAAGGUGCAAACAUGAUGUUAUAUCUACUGGGUUAUCUUCUUAGAGAAAGGAACUAGCUACUAAGAAUCGGAAUACUUUUAACUCGUUGAUCAACGAAUGCUUCUUGAUUUUUAUUUCGCUGAAGAGUUUGAUAGUUAGUUACCUUUUCCUCGUAAAACGCUUGUGCCUGCAAUCGUCAAUCGUUCUUCACCAUUGGCGAAAAAAGCAUUAAAAUUUAGUUUUAUUGUUUCUUAUGUUAUCAAGUGGUAAGAGGAUAAGAGUCACUGAUGUAACUGGGAUAAAAAUAUACUCUGAAUUUUCUUGUUAUGUAAUCGCUGUAUGUUUUUUCCUCUCCUCAGUUCAAUCGCUGGACAUCUUACUGCUCUGGAGUUGAAGAGUUUAUAUCGGACAAAUUUCUUCCAACGUUGUUUAAGAUUAUUAGGUGCGAGCCAUUUUUAAUUCUCGUCACGAGAAGAUUGAGAAAAGUAAUGCUGAAGUGGUGUUGUUUUUUUUUGAGCAGGGACGGCGAAUGUGACGACAAAACGAAAGCUCUUGCCCUUGGAAUUCUUGGAAAGUUUUUGCAGUGCACCAGCCCUGUGGUGAGUGUUGUUUCUUUUAAUGGGUGUGUUUGUUUGCCAUUUGAGGCUGCGUUUCCAUGUUGUGAUGAUUGCAGUGUACACUCCACCAAACAAGCAUUCUUUACUUUGUUAGUAAAUUCUUUUAGAUACCUCCCAGAAGACACAAAACAGAGAUAUCGCCAGGCAAAGUUUUUGCCACGUCCCACUAAAGGGUAUAUGUUGUUAUAACCACGGUCAGGGUUACAGCACCACCUACCCUUUUGAUUUAUUGUAUUUUAUCCCAGUGUGGUAAAGUGUUUUAUCUUGGUGAUUCUGACUUCUGCGUUAUCGAUAAUUCGACAGUCUCCAUUACUGACUGAAUUAUUUCUUACUGUGGUAUUCAGGUGUCUGAUCGUGGUGUAUCGCUCUUUUACACUUUACCUGUCAAGACGGAAAGUGAGAUCAGCAAUAAAGAGGGAUCAUCAGGAAACGCCACUGUUGAGUUUCUCUUUCACCUUGGAGCAGAGUAUUUAGCGAGGUGGGUAUUAUCAUUUUGAUGUAUCAAAAUGAAAAUCAUAAUCACAGAGUGAUGAACAUAUAUAUAUAUGUAUGUAUAUAUAUAUAUAUAUAUAUAUAUAUGUAUGUAUAGGAACGUUCUCUUUAACUGCCAUCUUUCACCCAGGCCAAACAAGAGAUUGAAGGAAAUUCCUAACUGCUUUUGAUUUACUGUUACCUCAAGGCUUCGAAAUGGUAUAUUUUCAAUCUUUGGCGAACUCGCUUUGUUAUUAUUUUCUUUGGAUAUAACGAAAGAGGCGAAAGGAUUAACAAUCGAAUUUGUCCGUUAAUUUGUUUGGUUGGUUUGUUGCAGAUCUGAUCUUAAUGCGUCCUCGUGUAUGGCAUCCACAUUACAACAAUUGGCAAGUUCAUCUCACUGGCAGCCAAGUGUAGCAGAUUAUGUUGGAAUGUGUCUGGAGCGUUUGGCUCAACCGACUGAGGUAAAAGAUUCACAAAGUUUUCGGCCCUCAAGUAAUGUAACGUUUUUAUGCUAACGUAUCUGCUGAUUUUCAAGUUAUCCUACUUAUUUAUUUGCAGAACGUAGAUUUAAGUGCAUUGUUUGGACUGCUUGUCUUCGCAAGAUUUCCUGAUGUAAGUCUACUUUACUUGAAGGGCGAUAAGUUGGGACAAUAAGUACAACUUUUAUAUCAAGACUGGAUGAGAAGUGACUGACGGAGGGGAAGCUCGAUACUGGUUCAACAGGGCUCUUAAGCGUAUUUUCUUUUAUUAUUGUCUUUUCAGUUUGUUCGUAUGGGGUCCGUGGUUGAAAUGAAGGAUCCAAGUGGAGAGAAGCGGAGAGCGGUUGUGUUCAAAUAUUACCUUGAUAAAGGAAGUGUUACAGUAAUUGAUGUCAAAUCUCGUAAAAGGAAAACGGUAAGAAACUCUUCUCACUUGCUCUCGUACCAAACACUUCGCUUUGACGCACAAAUUUUUAUUCAUUAACAGGUCAAGGAGCACCUUUUAGAAGAAUCCUCUUCUCUAAGUGAAACUUUCAAGACUUCAAGGUUUUCUGUUCUUCUGGACAUCGUCGUAAAAAUUCUUCAUCUUCUUAAAGAUAGUAAGUCUUCAAGCCUUCACAUGCAAUUGCUCUUUAGGUUAAGUUCUGUAGUUGGCGCUGCAUUUGUUGGAGCCACUUUCAACCAAGGAACCUCACAAUCUAAAGAAUUUGAUUUUUUUUUUAACAGAAAAGACUGUUCCAGUGGAGAGAAUGUGGGUUCUAUAUCUUGGACUGAAGGGCCUACUUGGUAACAUUAAGGUAUUCUGAUAUUUAACACGUUUUAAUUUAAUUUAAAUGAAUAUGAUGAAUGUGCUGACCCAGUCAAUCGAUUUUGAAACACGUUAGUCAGGGAAGAAGUCGUGUCUUUCGAAAUAAUCUUGCGCCAACAUCUGCCACAAAGUAGCUCAGUUUGGGAAGUUUCUAUUAUUAUAGUUUAGAGAAGCACUAUCUACAGCUUGAUUAGAACUCGUAGCAAAAGCAUCGAAUGCAUAAUUGUUUCCGUUUAGGUAUAAAAACUCUCAUAAUUUUUCAGGCAAAUUCAAGUUUAAGUCUGAAUUCAGAGAUGGUGGCCAGUGGUAUCGUUCCUUUGCUUGUUAAUAUCGCCUGUCAAGGGACUACAUUCAGCAGUCAGUGGAUUUUACGAGAUUUGGAGGCGAGUAUAGCCAUUAGCAACAAUCAUUUCUUCAGAGCGUUCUACUACAAAUUACAAAAAAGCAACAUACAGUUGCUAAAAAGACAUUUUUCUCCAUCUUAAAAACACAAUGGGCCGAUUAUUUUAACGAAGUUUACACAGUGUUUACGAAAAUCGUAGUCUAACCAUUGUUUAAAACAUAAAAACCGAUUAUUUAUACACUGUUUUACCUCAACGGUGCUAAGAUCAGGUCUGAACACCGACUGGAGAACUAUAGCGAGUUAGACCUACUCGCAGGCAAGGUAACACGCAGUUUACUGGGGGUGGGUUAGGGGGGGAGGGGAGCAGAUAUAGCACAGUGAUGAGUAUGCUUGUCCCCAUCACUCAGGUUCGGGUUUGAUUGCUGGAGUUUCUCGUCAAUCUUGAUUGCUCGGAGGUUUAUCUUUAGAUACUCCGGUUUUCCUCCCUCCCAGAAACCAACACUCCGAGUUCCACUUCGACCGCUGAUAACAGUGGACUUAGAACCACCUCGUGAAUUUGCCAAAAUUUCAUAUCCCUGUCAUUUAUCUGUUUUGUUAUCACUAUUAUUCAUUCUUAUGGUUAAGAUAGUGACAUUUUCUGCUGAAUGAAGCCAGCCUUUUUAAUACCAGCGGAAUUCUAAUCCAAUUGCUAUCUGUUGUCACUAAAACAGGUGUUGUCUCUCAAAUUGUACAAGUCAGAGCGAUUCACCACACCAUCUCCAUCUAAACCGGCUGAAAAAGAUGAAAGUAAAACGACAUCGAAGACUUCACAGGAAGCUGAACCAACAACAAAUGAUACCUCUGCAACGGUAGAGACAACAAAGACAAAUAAUUCAGUGAAAGAAGAAGAAGAAGGCGGGGGUGAUCCCUUUGAAGGGCUUGAUGAUAUCACCAAGACGUGCUUCGAGGUUUGUACUCUGUUAAUGCGAAUCUUGGCUCACCUAUCUUGAUAAUGAUUCAUAAUUUUUAUCUUUAUUUAUGGAUUUGGACUUCUUUUCAUCUUUCAUAGACUAUCUACGAGGCGAUGAAUGUUCCUUGUUCCGUACUUAGAGCCAUUUAUGAGAAUGUGGAACAUGAUCAAAGCCGGCUGCUGGAAGAAGUGCAGCGAGGGUCAGUAACUUAAUGGGGCAAAAAUCUUCGAAUUCUAAGCGAUUGUAGAAGAUAUUUAACAAUCUGAUUUUUACUUUGUGGUGCGUGGUUUUCUUGCUCUUCUUAUCCUGUUCUAUCAAGAAUCACCAGAAUUCACGUUCGAUUAAGACGUUCGCGAAGUUAGGUAGGUAGGAUGAUUCUGUGAUGAAUAAUGAUUGACUCAUCACGCAACAUUCGUUCCACUCAAAAGAAGAGGGGAACCUGGAGCCUGGAGCCUGGAGCCUGGAGCCUGGAGUAACGUUUUGGAAAAGGAGAAUCGCUUUACCCAGACACAAGCUAAGACGGUCAAAAUGUCUCGUGACCCGCACAUGGACUGAUAAACAAUACUGCCAUGUUUUUUUUAAUAUUCCAGGUUUGAUGGCGCAGGUUUUCAAGUAUCGGACGAGGUUAGAGAACAAGCUAAGAAGUGGUAAGUAAGUAUUAAUUCAUUUUGCCCAUUAUACGCACUUGGUUCGAAGCCUCUUUCAAUUACUCGGUUGGUUGGUUGUUCAUUUAUUUGCUUCAUUGCCUUUUUAUUCUUCGGUUAGCUAAAAUGUAAAAUGCUCAGAUUUGUUUUUAAUCUCUGCACGAUUGUUUUCUUUUUCUUUCUGAAGUUUUGCUUCUCUCAUCAGGGAAGCUAUCCAAAAGAAACCUGAUGUGAACUCGGCGCCAGGCCCUGUUGUUGACGUUGGAGUUGUUCGUUAUACGACCAGUGAGAUAUUACCAAAGAAUGUCCAGGCCAAAGCUGAACAAAGCGAAGCGGCUCAAAAGUUGAUUCCUUCGCUUAGUGAUGCGGAAAUUGAAGAGGUAAGUAUUACUGCGUCAGGCCACGAAAGCGUUUCACACGAUAAAAGAAACUUGAAGUAAAUACUUUUUUUUUUGGACAUCCUUGAUUCUUUUAGACUCGCGAGAAGCAGGCUCGCACUAAAUCAGCUGAGUUGUUAAAGAAGGAACUCGAAAGUGAAGAAAACUUGGGAAGUACAGAGUAUCUUACCAAGGUAAGGAUGUCUUUGCUGUUUUACUCUCAUUGCUGGUGUUGCAACUUGCCUUACCGACUUCUUUAUUUGUAAACAGUGAUAGUAACAAAGAUAAAUUCAAAGAACCCGAAAGUGUUGAAUUCGUCAUACAACCUCAAAAUCAAAAGCGUCCACGCAGCGUUAGCGAUUCCAUUCCCUUUUCAGCAAUUACGUGUCCAUAAUAAGAUUGCGUGAUCUCAAAACUAAUCACAACAUUCUUAACGAACUGUAGUCCUUCACUAAUAAACAUUAACAAGUGGCUACUUAUUUGUUUAUAGUUUGAAGUAUGAUAAUAUUAAAUAAUAUUUAUUAUUUGUAACGCUCUCUGAUGCUUUUAUUCCUGAUAUAGGUUAAUCUUGCUCUGUCAGUGAUCUACUCGCGGCAUUUGAUCGCCAUUUUGCUGGGACAAUGGCCACAGGGUCAUGUGAUCACAUCUGAGCUGAUGGACAACAGUGAUGAAGUACAGUUCAUUGGUUUGCUGGACAUAUUACAGAGACUGGAGAAUAAAGAACUGUUUGAAAAGGUAUGAGACCUGCCUAUCCACUCUUAUAACCUCAGUUCUUUACUAACGGUAUUUGUUUUACUUUAGUAGAAAUAAAGAUGUUUGUGCUUCUUCAUGACUUAAAAUCUUUGAGAAUUUUAUAUGAAGGAAUAAUCCCUAAGCCUCUUGAAACAAUAUAUUUUAAAAUGCUUUCUCUUGCAAAGACGACAUAAUGUUUGCAUAAAUUUCUUCACUUUCAUGCUUUCUUUCUCCAAGGGCAUGUUACAUUCCUCCCAAGACUCCAUCCCACACUAUCCCCCCCCCUCUCCCUCCUAAGGAAGCCUCCGCUGGUCUAAGCCUCACCCUCGUAAAAUUACCCCUGUUCCACUGCCUGCCACCUGGCUGCACCCACCAAGUGCUAAACAACACUGUAUCUGCUAUGUCAGGUGGUGAGUUCAGUUGUACAGUGUGGAGACCCUAAACUGGUUCAUCCUUUGUCUCUUGCUGCCGCUCACUGCAUGGGUGAAGUGACUCUGUCAACUGAGACCAGAGAGUCUGAACAUAAGUAUCCGAAUGAUACAGUGAACGAGGUAAGACUCCGCACUCAAUGUUUUGGGUAAUUUUUUUACUGGUAUCAUCUUGAUAGGAACAACUUUAUGUAUUUCCGAGAAUCUUUUUAUGGACAUCAUCUUAACUUAAGAUAAAAAAAAUCUUAAUACAACAUUAUACAGAUAUGUGAAAGUGACAAACGCAUCUGCUGCCCUUUUUUGUUUGUUUUUUUUUUUUUACGCGCUUUUUUCCACGUUGCCCAGAGAUGCGCUUGGCCUUGAGAGACAGUCAGUUAGUGAGUAGGCUCUUUGCUAGUCCCAUCUAAGUCCCCUACUAAUGGACUUAGUGUCUCGAGACACUUCUAUAUUUCCACGUUUCUUUCGCGUUUAAGCAAAGGUGAGUUACAGCCGCCUCUUCUUAUUCCAUAUACAGGGAAAAGUACACAUUCCUGGCGCUGCUACCCUCUUUGUCAAGUUUGAUCCAAGGUGUGUGACCUUAAUGUAUUGUUCUUUAACUUUUUAUAAGUUAAUUUUUGGUCAAAUCCAACGUGAAUUUGUUUCAUUAAUGCACAACCAUCAAAUUGUGAAACAAAUUUGUCAUUUUUGUUCCCUUUCUUGCCUUUUCAGAUGUUCCACCGAGGAUGGAUGCGAUGAACUGCGGAUUGCAUCCUCAGCUGACUAUGAACAAAACAAACACGUGUUUUCUGGUCCCAGUAGUCGAUGGAUUGAUUUGGAAAUACCAGGUUUGUAAAGCAUCAUGGACUAGACACAGAUGAUCCGAUCCUGAACGUGAGGAAUAAAUACAUUUUUAAAACUUUAUGUUUUGUUUCAGGUGACACUUUGUAUUACAUAUUCACUUCCGACAGCAGCACCAACGACUGGGGCUGGAAAUUUGUAGUCACUGGCGGCCAACUGGGAAGGUAAUGGCACUGACACAUUGCAAAACAACACCUCAAGGAGUGACUCACACUUCGGAUAGAAAUGCAUCUGUUCUAGAGUGCUAUCUGGCCAUUGAAUAAUUGGAUGAAAGGUUUUUUUUUUCCUUUUUUCACGUAUGUCUGAACUUUAGAGGGGUUUUGUUUAUGCUUUCUUUUAGAUUCAAGACUGGCUUUACAAUGCUGAAUGCUAUGCUGUCACUGGAUAACAAAGUUGCCAGGUAUUGCUUGAUAGAGCCAAAUUUUUGUCCUCCAGCAAACCCCGUAUGUGCUUUCAUUCUCUUUAAGCAAACUGAUGUUAACAUGGGUGGUUUUUUUUAUCAUUGAAUUGAAUUUCUGUCACUGAUGGGCUGAUUUUGUUCAUUCCCAGGUCCUUGCCAAUCAAGACGUUAUGGGUUUGGUUGGUAUCAGUAGCCUGCUGCCAGACUGGUCAGCAGCGUCUCAUGGCGACUGGCUUGCUGCUGCGACUACUGUUAGUCGUGUCAGGGUAAGACAUGUAUCAUAGAUCGGUCUUUAGACAAGGAGCAACUCAUUUUAAUAUCACAUAACAGUUAAUAAAAAUAAGGUUCCUGCUUGUAGAGUUGAGAACUCUGCAUGAACAGAUGAUACGAUUAUGUAAUAUCCGUGGUUCGUAAUUUUUUUCCAUGGCAGACAAGUGUUGGAGAGAGAUGGGUCGUGUUCAGUUCCAAUGGAGACAAGUGAUCGGCCAGACCUGAGUUUGUUGAGGCCCCUGUGGUCUCUUUAUACCAGCAUGUUGGAAAAGGAAGGAGGUCGGUAUACACAACGCCUUUUUAAUUUUUUGAUUAAUCACUUAUUUGUACCAAUUCUUUAAGAAACCUUUUUUAACCCCAUUUCUAGUAGCUUAAACGACUAGAGAACUUUUAAUUACGUAUAAUAUAUUACUUUUCGACAUGUAACGCAUCAACCCGGUGUUGUUUUCCAAACUGUUGUAUUUUUGUAUUUAUCCCUUUAAGCCAAUCAGUGUUGCCCAUUGAAUGAUGUUCCUCUUCUAUCAAUAGGUUCUGGAUCAGUUCCUACUUUGGUGUCUCCAGUACUUCGAGGACUCACUGAACUCUUUUUGAUGGUGGAAAACCUCGCACAGGUCGCUGUAACAAUUUACUGAUUAUCUUCUUAAUCUACAUAUGGUUAUAUAAUUGUAAAUAUUGUUCUUUCUGCAAAGUUCUUUACUUUCUGACUGAUUUUACAUUUUACUUUCCUCAAUUAGGACUGGGGCACGGCUGAGGACCUCGUGGUUGGUUUUACAACAAAUGAAAGUUUGAAGCGAUGCUUCUCACAGGUAAAUAAAGAUAAUUAGAAAAGUUACCGGCUUUAAACUUUUUCAUCCUAAGAUCAGUAUGCACAUUCUCCAUACUGUUUUCUAUAUAUUUCCCAAGGUGCUUACGAGGAGAGUUUGCUUAAUAAUCAAAAGCUCCGGUAUUUGUUGAUCGUUUCCAUUAUUCUCAUGAAUUUAAUGUUCGAUUCAGGGGGGAUACUGUGAGGAGAAAUUAGAGGCUAGUCACUCUUAGGGGUUAAAGGGUUAAAAGGAAAUACAAUAACUAACAAAUUACUUUAUUAUCUGGAAACUCUUGGAAGGGAGUUGCUUACCACUCAGAAAUCCUCAUUUACAGUCUUAUUUUAUCGAUGUUUGGAGAAAUUAACGCAAUGCUCAGAAAUAAAUUUGUGACUUCGUUGAAAAUUUUUAAAGGGACACAGCUGUAGUAAAUAAUUACACAUUAGUUGUCUCACUCGCCAUAGGCCGUGCAAAAGGUUGGUCUCAUUGGUCUUGCUAUUGGACAAACAAACAAGGCUUCUGAAGCCCUUAUCAAGGCUGCCUCUAAUCCACAACCGAAGGCGGAUGAAUCCAAAAAGGUACGGAAAUCCGUUCUGUAUUCAGACUUUGUAUGUUGAUAAAAGUUGAGCAAGUCAUACAUUUUCAUCUUUCUCAACAGGAGAAGUCAAAGGUAGACUCCUCUGUAAGGUGAGUCAGCGAUCUCCUGGCUUUUGAAGGAUUUCGCCAUAUUAUCUCAGUGACUUUUGUUGAACACAACUGAUAUGUUGUAUAGUUAUUCUAAUUAUGCAGCUGUUUUUAGAUUUGAUCUUGAAUAUUAAAGAACGAUGCUCUAUGGUGUUCACUUGAUGAAAUCAGUUUUAGGUCCUCGUUAUCUCACGAAUCAUAGAAAUGAAAACCUAACUUUUAAGAAUUAUAUUGACAUUCCACUUCACUUGAAUUGGCACAAAUGUAGUUUCCAUCCUGUUACAAGUUAUUUUCUGUGAUAUUCAGCUUCCAGCUACCUUUUCCUAUCACCAUUGGCGGGGAUGAUAAUGAAGAUGACACGACAGGAGAUGGAUCCAGUGAUGACUCGGACGAUAGCAGCUCCUCUGACUCCUGGAACUGAUCACGUGACUCAAUGUCACAACACGGACUGGCUGUCAAUUCAUUUAUUUGAAGUCACGUGAACACUAUUCUGAGGAAAGUGAAAUGAUUCAAGAAUUAAACAUGAUCAUUCUGAGGAUCACGUGUACUCAAAGGAUGAACAGAACCAUCAAGUAGUUCAAUUUCUCUGAUCUAUUGGGUAGUGGCUUGAUUUGGUAUUUUAAUCACUGCCUUAAAAACAGAUAUGUAUGGAUGGACAGUGAUUCUUAAUGGAAACUGAAAUCCUAGGUUUGAAUGAUGCUAUUAACUGUCAGAGAAUGAAAAAACUGGCAAUCAUUUUCGCAGGUUAAACAGGAGUUUUAAAUCCUGUUUUUGUCAACAUAGACAUUCAAUAUUGCAGUUUUAUAACGUCAAUCAGGUUAUCGGCCCUGAAUCAUCUUUAAUUUUCAAAAGCGCAGACUAAAAUUGAAACUCAAGUGUACCACCUCGGCAUGGUACGUCGACCGAUCCUCUGAACUUAAAUUGGCUAUUAUUGUUACUUCCACUGUUACUGUUACUUCCGCGGGGUCAAGUCACGUUUACUCGCUGUGGCAAUGUGUAACUCGAUGAAUGUAAUUCAUACCCUUAUCUUGAGACCUAAAGAUGAAAGAAGUUUCGAAGAGUAAUCUGCACUUAAUCAAAUCCAAGAUUAGUUCUUAUGCUAGAGCGCUUUAGUUGAGAAUAUAAAGAAAAACUGACGUAAAGCGAUGAGCUUUUCAGGCAAUCACCCUAAUAGAAUUUUAGUAACGCUACUUCUCUGUAUUGAAUGACGUACUCAUUUGGCAUUCAGUGUAGUACAAUAUUUCUGAAUAAAGACACUUCGUUG